CAGUGGCAACAACCUAAAUCACGGGAGAACGACUUCGCCACAUCUUGAGGCGUUUUUUAGACCAUCAACUCAAGGAUAUUCUUGCCCUCAAUGGUCAAUUGUCUACCAUGACUUUCUGCACAUUGUUGUAUUCAAGAUGAUCAAUCACAUAUCCGACACAGGGACAUCACCAAUCCGAUCUCUCCUUUGACAUAGAAUACACACCUUUCAUAAAUCCAGAGAGUCUUACUAUCAUCACGCUCAUUGACCUCUCGGGCCUUACCCUUAAUCCUAACGGAAUAUGACGCCUGCUUAUGGAGCGCGCACAAAUGUUUGGCAGCACUUGCCCUCUAAUUUCCCCAAAUGCAUGCUUCAUGCUUGGGAGGCUUUCUUCAAGAAUAACAGCCGCCUCUACGAUAUCAUGCUGCCCAACAGCGCAUAUAAUCUGUCAUCACAAGCAAGCACCGACUUACUACAAGCACAAGGACCAAGACAUGGCCUACCGGGAAAAGACCAAUCAAAAGUUCACCGAAUAUCCUCUGAAUCUAUUGGAAAUCUCAUAACGAUGAACAUGAAAUGCCAGACCACACCGUCCAAUAUACAGUCUAUGUACCAACGAGACCCAUAUCUCAACCACAGAAGACCUGCGGUUGACUUGUACCAUAGUGAACGAUCAAAACCAGAAAUGAACCGUUUGGACGAGUUCAAGCGAACCAAACGUGUCCCCAUUGACAAUGUUGCCCAGAUGAUCUCUGACGGUUACCUCCUUAAUGACGCCAUCCUCAACAUGGUUCAGCAAAAGACCCAACGGAUCCUUCAAGACUCAUUGCUUUUGGCCGGUCCGAACCCCGUCGUAACAAUGAACAACAACAGUCAAAAAACUCGGCUGAACAUGGUCAGUCGAUAGCGGCGCAAAUCGCAAAGUACUUUGGAGUAAAACCGGCUAUACCAUCGCCGAUUUGAUCCGGUACGGUUGCGCCCUCGUCUUCAUAGGAGUCAAUCCAACUUGACCCACACAUCCAGUCGAACUGGGAUUGGGAUUCCCUUGUC